AUGUCGAACCAAGCCCCUCCUAAGAUCAAGCUGUACACUAAUCAUGGCUGUGGCUGGUCUCAACGCGUCCAUAUAACCUUGAAGGAAUUGGAUCUGCCCUAUGAAGAAGUCUUGUUGGACCUCGAUAAGCCCAGGCCAGAUUGGUUUCUCGCGUUGAAUCCGCGUGGCCUUGUUCCCGUUCUGGAGUACACCCCUAUCUCCAGUGGUCAAGGCUCACCCUCGGCCACUGCUGAGGUAAAACCCUUCAUCCUCACCGAGUCCGGACCUAUUGUCGACUUCCUCAUCUCUCUCCACCCGUCACACCUCAGUCCCAUCCCACCAGCACUGGCGUCGAGUGCUCUUCACCCCGAGGCAGCCUUCCGCCACUACCAAGCUCGCAUCCUCGUUGACAUUUACUUCACCAAAGUCAACCCCUUGAUGUUCAAACUUGUAGGGGCCGCAACACCAGAUGCUACCCAGGCUGUUGUAUCUUCUCUUCUCAACAUUUUAAAGGCUGAAAUUGAACCGCUGGUCCAGGCCCUGAUUUCGUCCAAUGAUCCGGAGGCCCCAUUUUACACAAAGUCCAGUAAUCUGACUUUGGCGGAAAUCAUGAUUGCGCCAUUCUCAUUACGGCUGUUGGAUUUUGCCAAUGGUGUCAUAUUCCCAACUUCUCUGAAGGAACGAAUCAAGACCGAGACCGAGGGAUUCUAUAGGUGGACCGAGAGAGUCAGGAAGCAUCCAAGUGUCGGUGACACAUGGGACCCUGACUACUAUGUGCCCAGGAUUGAAGAGAGGCUGCCGGCGGCCAAGACCAAGUAUGCGGAUGCUUGA